AAGGCCAGCCUUGGGCAGGCAGUGGGUGGCCUUCCAGAUGCCAGCAUAGGGCAGGUCCUGCCUGGAGGAGGCCCUCGCAGCCACUGAGGCCUCUGGGGGAAGGGCCUCUGGAUCCAGACCCCGCAAACAGCCCUCAGUCUGGUGAGAAGCAGGAAGUGAAGCUUUAUGCUGUUUAUUUCUGCAGAAAGAGAAAGUUCACACUUGGGACUGAGGCCCAAAUGAAGGGCCCAGAGUAGAAGACGCCUCAGCAGCCCGAAAGGGAGCUUCUGGGGGGUGGAUCUGCCUCUUGAGCUCCAUUUCAGUUGGCACAGUGCUGGGCGAAGCCUCCAGCGGCCCGAACGGAAGUGCAGAGUGGCAGAUGCAGCUGAGAGGUUGGAGAGGAGGCAGCUUGCUAGAUCUUCGCAUGGCCCACCGGCCGGCGCCGCCCAUGACCGUCGCGGCGCUGCUCCCGAAGCGCUGCCCGCGCCGCUCGGCCCGGCUGCUGUGGGGGCUGCUGGGCUGCCUGGCCGCGCUGUCGGCGCUCGUCUUCCUGGCGGGCGGCGGCCACGAGGAGCUGCUGUCGCGCUCGCUGCCUCUCCUGCUGCGGGCCGGGGGCGCGAGGGAGCCCCGCUCGGCCGCUGCCCGCCCGCCGCUGCCCGCCGCCGCCUUCUUCCCGCUGGCCCCGCCGGCCUGCGCGCCGCCCGCCGCCGCCCCGGGGCUGCUGGUGCUGGUGGCCAGCGCUCCGGGGCACUCGGCGCGGCGGGCGGCGGUGCGGCGCAGCUGGGGCGGGGCGCGGGCGGCGGCCGGCCUGGCGGUGCGCACCGUCUUCGCGCUGGGGCUGCCCGGGGAGGCGGCGCUGCAGGAGGCGCUGGAGCGCGAGGCGGCCGAGCACGGGGACCUGCUGCAGGGACGCUUCGCCGACACCUACGCCAACCUGACGCUGAAGACCCUGGCGCUGCUGGGCUGGGCCGCCGCCCGCUGCCCCGCCGCCCGCUUCCUGCUCAAGGCCGACGACGACGUCUUCCUCAACCUGCCGGCCCUGGCCGGCCACCUGCAGGCGCUGGGCGGCCCCGACGCCGUCUACCUGGGCCGCGUCCACUGGCACGUGCCGCCCACCCGCGACCCCCGCAGCCGCCACUACGUCCCUGCCUCGCUCUACCCACCGACCGCCUACCCGCCCUACUGCAGCGGCCCUGCCUACGUGCUCUCCGGCCUGGCUGCCGCCGCUGUGCUGGCCGCCGCCCCCCACCUGCCGCUGCUGCCCGUGGAGGACGUCUUCGUGGGGCUGUGCGCUCGCCAUGCCGGCAUCACCCCGCGGCACCUGGCCCACAUGGCCGGCGGCACCCACUACCCACCCGACGCCUGCUGCUUCCGGGAGGUGCUCUUCAGUGUGCACGGUGUGACACCUGGGCGGAUGCUGGCCAUGUGGGCCAAGGGCGAGAGGCCGUGUUCCACCUGGCAGCGCCUACUGGGCCUGGCCCGCUGCAAGGCACUGACCUGGCUGGUGGCCGCGGAGGAGGAGCAGGAGGGCCCGUAAACCCUGGCCAGCCGGCCUUGGACUUGCAGGAGAGCGGCUGGGAAGUUCGCCCGGCAGACCGACUCCCCUCUCCGGACUUCGGGGCGCUGCGGCCUUUCAGCGGAGGAAGGCCAAAAGUGUGUGGCCACUGCACCCGGUCAGUCUUUUGGGCUGCACAUUUGAGGCUGAGCGGGCUGCCAUCCCUUCUCUGCUAACUGACUCAAAGUGGACUUUUCAGGCAAGCAGGGAGAAGCUGCCCCACAGAACGGCAGGGUCUGAAGGGACUUGGACAGCAUGUGGGGCUGGUCACUGAUGGGUGGGAGAAUCUGGAAUAACUGGGCGAUUGUGAAGGCAGUAACUUUGGUCUCUUAGUGGGGAGUUCAGGGCUCUGUGGGGCACAGGAGCAGGCUUGCCAGGUGCUCCUAUGCCUGGGCUGUGGGGCAGGGCGGCCGCAGCCCUUGGGGGAGGGAGGCUCUCUGUGGCAGGAGUGUCCAAUGCCUGGGAAUAUUUUUU